GGUCAGGAUGCACAUUCCACCUAGAAGCUAGAAGAGAUGACCAUAUAGUGCAUAUAGCUAUUGGUAGCUGGUAGGUUCGAUAGGUUCAGAGGCUACAUCCAUAUCGUGCUAGAUCGUCGCAGCUGGCGACCAUAGGCGAUAGGACAUCCAUACAUCGCGACCUAGAAUCAGCACCCGCCAACGACACGACGUAGUGCGACUUCCCAACUCGUCCAAAGGAUGUCAACCCACUUUCUCAGAUUCAGCUUGACCCUGUCCCGAACCAGGAUUGCCAAGGCAUCUCAUCCCCCGACGGUGUUGAGAUCGAAUCGGGCAGUAAGCCGGUGGUUCUCGUCGAGAGACAUCUUUCCGAACGAACCUACCAAGCCUGAUGUCAAGACCGAGGCCGUUCCGGGGCCAAAGGGUCGGGAGAUGUCGACAGCUAUCUCUGCGCACCAAGAUAACCGCACCCACACCCUGCUCAUCUCCUACCCCAAAUCCUCUGGCAACUACAUCCUCGACGCCGACAACAACACCCUCCUGGACGUCUUCGCUCAGAUCUCCUCGAUCGCCUUGGGGUACAACGCUCCUCCUCUACUAGAGCUCGCCGGGACGGAAGAGUGGAAAUGCGCCGCGGUGAAUAGGCCGGCGUUGGGCAGUUUCCCGCCUGUAGAGUGGGAGGGGUUGUUGGAAGGGUUGAGGAGGGUCGCGCCGAGGGGGUUCAAGGGGGAGGACGGGAGGUUGGUGACGACGCUUUGUGGGAGUAGUGCGAAUGAAAACGCCUUCAAGGCGGCCUUCAUGGCUUACCGAGCGAGGGAAAGGGGGGAUAAUCAGGCGUUCACGCAGGAGGAGAUCGACUCGUGCAUGGACAACAAGGCUCCCGGAAGCCCUCAGCUGGCGAUUCUGAGCUUCAAGAGCGGGUUUCACGGGAGGAUGUUGGGGAGUCUGAGCGCGACUAGGAGCAAGGCGAUUCACAAGCUGGACAUUCCGGCGUACGAUUGGCCCGGAGCGGAUUUCCCGCAGCUAAAGUACCCGCUCGAGGAGAACGUCGAGGCGAACGAGCAGGAGGAAAAGAGGUGUUUAGAGUUUUACGAGAAGAUCUUGAUCGAGAGCAAAACGACGAAACCCAUCGCGGCCGUCAUCGUCGAACCGGUCCUCUCGGAAGGAGGCGACAAACACGCCUCGCACGACUUUUUCCGACAGAUCCGUUCGAUCGCCAAGAAACACGGAGCGUUCUUUAUCGUCGACGAGGUACAGACCGGUGUCGGGGCCACGGGAUCGUUCUGGGCGCACGAAAAGUGGGGGCUCUCGAAGGGGGAGGAGCCGGACUUCGUCACGUUUAGCAAGAAGAUGCAGGCUGCUGGAUUCUAUCACAAGGCAGAGACGACGCCAAACGCGCCGUACAGGAACUACAACACGUGGAUGGGCGACCCCAUGCGAGCAAUGCAGGCCAACAAGAUCAUCGACGUGAUCCAAGAACACGAUCUGGUCCGGCACACGGCCGAGACGGGCGACAAGCUGUACUCACGCCUGGACGACAUGUUCAAGGAGCACAAGGAUGUCGUCAAGAACCUCCGAGGCAAGGGGAUGGGGACGUUCAUCGCCUGGGAUUUCCAUGAUGCCAAGACAAGGGACUUGUUUGCGGGAACGAUGCGCAAGAACGGGGUCCAGAUGGGACCUUGUGGGGAUUUGUCGGUCAGGUUGAGACCGAUGUUGACGUUUGGAGAGGCUCAUGCCGAGGUCUUGCUCGAGGCCGUCGAGAAGUCUCUGGGCGAGGUCCAGGUGGCGAGAAUGACCCCUACAUCUGGGCCAUGACAUGGGGUAUUCGAUUUCAACUUUCACAUCGCUACAAGAUCUGCAAAUGAUUACCGCCGAUAGCAUUCUCUGUGUCCGCUGGACUGAUGUCAUAUAGCUUACGAUUGAGAUGACGUUGUAUCAAACCAAGAUCCGGUUCCUUUGUUCUGCUUUGACGACCACUUAGUCGACGAAGAUUAGAUUCAGCUUCAUAUUGUC